GGGCCGCUGAGAGGGGAGGCCGUGCCGGGGACCCCGAGCGCCGCCCCUCUCUCGGGAGGGUGUCGGGGCGCGCUCGCCCUCCGCUGGCACUCCGGCCCGCCCCGCUCCCGGGGCUCCUGCCGGUGUGCCUCUCAGGGGACCCUAUGACGCCUGCCCUGCUCUCGGCCGCACUCGGCUCGUUCUCCCUGCCGCGCCUGGGUGCCUCAGCCCGAAGACGGUCUCUCUCCAGCGCUGCCCUGGCGCCUCCCCCAUCAGCCCUGGGCCCUGACCUGGCCUGGGCCCAGUGUCGGCAACGGGUCUCUGCGUCUGGCCUGGGCGGGAAGGCCUGUCAGUGCUGACGCCGGCGCGCCGCGGGGGAGGCCGACCAUCCUUCGGAGGGACUGGACAGCCAAGGGUAGCUGGCGUCCUCUUUCACUGCACGAGCGUGUCCAGCUCUUGGUUGAGUGGUCAUAGCUCUCCCACUUUUAACGCCCCCGGCCCCCGGCAUUCUGACCGCAGCGGGGACCUUUUUUGUGAACAGAUGUCUUUGAACAAAGUGGAUUAAAAGCCCAUCUUCCCAAUUUGUAGGCUGGGGUUUAAACACUUCAUGGAGUUUAGUUUAGACUGGUAUAAUGGUUAAAAGCACUGGGCUCUGGAGGCUGUUGGGGUGCACAGCUUUGUCUAGCCAGUUUUCUUCUCUGUAAAAUGCGGAUAGUAUCAGUACUGACCGCCCAGAACCAUUGUGAGAAUUAAAUGAGAUAUGCAUGUCAAGUGCACACGGCUAAUUGCAGCUCCCGCUUAAGAGACCUUUCUCCAGAAACGUGAAAAUGGUAUUGACCAGCAGGUGGCACUGGUGACCGUGUAGUAUGAUGUACAAUCUUGUCCGAAUAUUCCUCAAGUGUUUAGAGGUCCCCGGGAAAUCUCGGCUGAGUUGGCAGCCUUAAACUUUCUUCAAGCUGGAGAGUCAUUUGAUAUUAUUAAGUAAUAAAACUUUUGUUUUGGUAGGUCAAGACUAACCUGGCUGUGGCUUGCUCAAGCAGGUCACAGUGGGUCCCAAGUUUACUCCAUCAAGUUCAGUGUUAACUUUUUUUUUUUUUUUUUUAACUUCCCUGCCGCUUUAGCCUGUUGGGAUGGCACCUUGAGUAUGUGUUAGAAUUGGUUUGGAAACUACUGAGUUAAAAUAGAUGUCUGCAUUCAUUCAUAAAGUAUUAUCGAGCACUUACUAUGUGCCAGACAUUGUUCUGACGCUAGUUAUAACAUGGAGAACAAAGCAGACACAGUGCUAGCUCUCAUGGAGUUUACUUAUUAGUGGACAAUGUAGAUGUAAAUAAAUAUAUAAUUAUAGAUUGCUAAGAAGAAAAAAAGGAGUCUGUUUUUGAUUGGGUGGAUGACCUCAUUGAGGUAAGAAGCUGAGCCCUGAAAGAUGUGAUAAGGAACCAGUCAUGCAGAGAAUGAAACAAAAAGCCAUCAAAGUAUAGCAAACAGAAUUUACAAAGCUCUAAAGUGGGGAAACGCCAGGAAAUGAAAAAAGGCUAAUGCAGCUGUAGCACAAUAAGUAAGGGGGAGAGUAGGAAGAGAUGAAGUGGUAGGCUAGAGCCUUUGAGCAGGGAUCAAAGGGGUUCGCAUUUUAUUCUGAGUGUGAUAGAAGCCACUGAAAAAUUUUAAGUGUGGAAUGCCAAAAUCCAAUUUUUGAUUAAAAAGUUUACUCCUGCUGCUAUGCAGAGAAUGAAUUGGGUGACAGGGAUGAGUAGCAGGGAGAAGACCAGUAAUCUAGGUGAUAGAUGAUAGUAUCUACAAAUAGAGCAGUGGUGAAGAUGGAGAAAAAUAGACAGAUUAAGGUAUAUCUUGGAGGCGAAAUUUGGAAGACUUAAUGAUGGAUUAGAAGGGAAUAAGGGCGAAGGAGGGAUCUACGGUGAUUUUCAGGUUUGGGGGUUAAGCAGUUGUCUGGGUGGUGGUACCAUUUGCUGAAAUGAAGAAAACUGAAGGAAGAACAGAUGGGUGGACGAGAUGGUGGAAUAGAGAAUUCCAAUUUAAACAGACUAACUUUUAGGUAUCUUUACUAUAUCCAGGUAGAAAUAUUUGAUUAGCAGUUGUAUAUAAGAACUUGUAGCUCAGAGGAGAGAUUUGUAUUGCCGAUAUAAAUUUGGGAGUCAUCGACAUAUGGAUGAUGUUUAAAACCAAGGGAUUGGAUAGGGUCACUGAGAGAUUAUUUGGUUUGAUGGUUAUCAUCACCCUCGGGCCUGUGGCAACUAGUGUAUUUGAAUAUCUUUUAGGGUUUAAAGCAUUAGAUUUCAGUAACUGGGAAAAUGAACUGUCAUUACAGAUCUGCAGACGGUCAUGUAUUUGUUACCCUGUGUUGCCCCCAAAUGCCCCAUUCUUUGGUGGUGAGAGAGAAACAAGGUCUCAUGUCCACAGGUGUUCCCCUUGAUCUGGCCCUUAAGCUUGCUGGUUUCUAUUUUCAGUAGGCUGAGGAAAAGGGUCACUUUUCUGCCACCUACAGGACAGACCAUGAAGCUGAAGGAACUUGAGCGGCCAGCUGUCCAAGUGUGGAGCCCAGCUAGCCACUACUGUCUUUUCUUGUGCCUAGGAACAUCUGCCCAGCAGCUAGAUGCCUCCUUUAGUACAGAUGGCACAUUGGAAAUCUUUGAGGUUGAUUUCAGGGACCCCUCUCUGGACUUGAAAUGCAAGGGAGUCCUUUCUCCCUCCAGCAGGUUUCACAAGCUGAUCUGGGGGAGCUUUAGCAAUGGGCUUCUGGAAGGCUCUGGGGUUAUUGCAGGCGGCAGGGAUGAUGGCAUGCUUACUCUAUACAAUGUGACCCACAUCCUGUCUUCGGGAAAGGAGCCUGUGAUUACCCAGAUACAGAAGCACACGGGGGCUGUCAGAGCCCUUGACUUUGAUCCGUUCCAGGGCAACCUCCUGGCCUCAGGGGCCAAUGAUUCAGAAAUCUUCAUUUGGGAUUUGAAUAACCUGAGUGUGCCAAUGACCCCAGGAUCCAAGUCAUAGUAUCAUGAGCAGCCCCCAGAAGACAUCAAGGCACUCUCUUGGAACCGUCAGGUUCAACACAUUCUGCCUUCUGCUCACCCCAGCAGCAAGGCAGUCGUGUGGGAUCUCAGGAAGAAUGAACCUAUCAUCAAAGUCAGUGAUCACAGCAACAGGAUGCACUGCUCAGGCCUGGCCUGGCACCCAGACAUGGCCACCCAGUUGGUGCUAUGUUCAGAAGAUGAUCGUCUUCCAGUAAUUCAUCUGUGGGACUUGUGCUUUGCCUCCUCACCCCUGAAGGUGCUGGAGAGUCACAGCAGGGGGAUCCUGUCAGUGUCAUGGAGUCAGGCUGACGCUGAGCUACUGUUCAGUAGUGCCAAGGACAACCAGGUCUUGUGCUGGAACCUGGAGAGCAGAGAGGUGGUGUAUAAGCUACCCACACUGAGCAGCUGGUGCUUUGAUGCGCAGUGGUGCCCUUGGGACCCUCCAGUGUUCUCUGCUGCCUCCUUCGACGGCUGGAUCAGUUUAUACUCUGUGAUGGGUAGGAGCUGGGAAGUCCAGCAGAUGAGACAGGCUGACAAGGUUUGAAGGGCUUGGUGGAGAAUGCUGGAGGGAAGGGACUGUCUCUGUUUGGCGGGAGAGGGAAGGACAUAAGCCUGGGAAGAAGUAGGGACUAUUGGAGACUUGGGAGACCAGAGCCCUGGGUUUGGGAAGGCUGAACCUUUGCUCCAGUGCCCAUCUUCCCGGAAGGACGUCAGUUCCUGCCCAAUAUAAAGGAGGCCUUUACCUUGACUCUUGCUCUUGGAUGUUCCCAGCGGUAUUUUGGGGAAAUUGGACCUCCAUGCUAGGACCCUUCACUGUUUUGGAAGUAUGAACUGUCUUUCCUCCCUGCCUCCUAUAGAUCCGUUUUGUGCCACACUCCACUGUAGACAUUGGAUGCAGUAGGCUUUCCAAGAGCCUUAUUGCAUGGGAGUCCCAUCCUCACUACCAGUCCCCUGGAAUAUGAGAGUCCUGCCUUUGUAGGCCAAAUUGGGUGUCUCAAGGAUCCCUCCCAAAAUGGAGUUUGUAGGUACCAGAGCAAGUGGCCCAAGCAUCAUUGAUAUCUCCCCUGAAAAAAAACCCCAAAUGGAUGAGAAGGCCAGCAGGUGUCUCAUUUGCUGAUGACCAAGGCUGGGGCUCCAGGACCGGGAUGCCCCUAGGAUGUAGGUGCCAGUAGAUCUGGCAAAACACGCACUUCAGCCCCUCGUCUGUCCAGUUGAAACGCACCCACCUGUUGAGGCCGAGACAGAGCACCACGUCUUAUUUUGGGGGGAAGCUGGUUACCUUUGGCCUCCCCAGCACCCCUGCCCAUCAGGUGCCACAGCCUUGCCUCCGCCUAGUCUUCAUCAGUCAGGUCACCACAGAACCUGAAUUCCUCAUGCGGUCAGCUGAGCUGCAGAAGGGCC